AUGGCCGCCGCGGCCUCGGCCAUCUUCAACAGGGGCAUGGGCACCCAGGCCAAGGACAACACCAUGCGCGGCCUCGUAUCCUUCAUAGCAGACCUGCGCAAUGCACGAGCCCGCGAGCUGGAGGAGAAGCGCAUCAACAAGGAGCUGGCCAACAUCCGCCAGAAGUUCAAACAGGGCAACCUCUCCGGCUACGACAAGAAGAAGUACGUCUGCAAGCUGCUGUACAUCUACAUCCUGGGCUGGAACGUCGACUUUGGCCAUCUGGAGGCCGUAAAUCUUAUUUCCGCCAACAAAUACUCGGAGAAGCAGAUCGGCUACCUGGCCGUGACGCUGUUUCUGCACGAGCAGCAUGAGCUCUUACACUUGGUGGUCAACAGCAUACGGAAGGAUCUGGCUGACCACAAUGAGCUGAACAAUUGUCUGGCCUUGCAUGCAAUCGCAAAUGUUGGAGGUAAAGAGAUGGGUGAGGCGUUAUGCGCCGAAGUGCACAGGCUUUUGAUAUCACCCACAUCGAAGCCUUUCGUCAAAAAGAAGGCUGCGCUUACGCUGCUGAGACUAUAUCGCAAGGUCCCCACCAUUGUACAGCCGGAAUGGAGCGAACGCAUAAUCGCCAUCAUGGACGAUCCGGACAUGGGUGUGGCGCUGUCCGUGACCUCUUUGGUCAUGACCCUGGCACAGGAUGAUCCAGACUCGUACAAAGGCUGCUAUGUCAAGGCUGCGCAAAGGCUGCGGAAAGUCGUCGUGGAGCACGAGUACUCUGGCGACUACGUCUAUUACAAAGUCCCGUGCCCCUGGCUGCAAGUGAAGCUCCUGCGAUUGCUGCAAUACUUCCCACCAUCAGAGGACUCGCACGUACGCCAGUUGAUGCGUGACUCCUUACAGACUAUAUUGGACAAUGCCAUGGAGUCGCCGAAGAAUGUUCAGCAGAACAAUGCACAAAAUGCUGUUCUUUUUGAAGCCAUCAACCUGAUCAUCCAUCUGGACACCGAGCGAGACUUGAUGGUACAAAUCUCCACCAAGCUGGGCAAGUUCAUCGGCUCAAGAGAGACCAACGUUCGAUACCUAGGUCUGGAGGCCAUGACGCAUUUGGCUGUCCGCGCUGAGACCAUGGACCCGAUCAAAAAGCACCAGCAGAUCAUCAUCGAGUCCCUUCGCGAUCGAGACAUCACAGUACGGCGGCAAGGUCUGGAUCUGUUGUACAGCAUGUGCGAUUCUACGAACUCGCAAAAGAUCGUCCACGAACUGCUCAAGUAUCUGCAGUCCGCAGACUACGCCAUCAGAGAGGAAAUGGUACUCAAGAUCGCCAUCCUGACCGAGAAGUAUGCCACCGACGUGAAGUGGUAUGUUGACAUCUCAAUGCGGCUCAUCGCCAUGGCUGGCGACCAUGUCAGUGAUGAAGUAUGGCAGCGAAUCAUUCAGAUCGUCACCAACAACGAUGAGCUUCAGGUAUACGCCGCCCAAAACAUCCUGCAGUACUGCAAGGCGGACCACUGCCAUGAGACUCUGGUCAAGAUUGGCAGCUACAUAUUGGGCGAGUUUGGUCAUCUCAUAGCAGAUGUCAAAGGAUGCAGUCCAAUCGAGCAGUUUUUGGCACUGCAGGCCAAAUUCGGCUCCAGCCCACCCAACACGAGGGCCAUGAUUCUGUCUGCAUUCAUCAAGUUUGUAAACCUCUUCCCCGAAAUCAGGCCACAGCUCCUUCAGGCUUUCCGGACAUACAGCCACUCGUUGGAUUCAGAGCUGCAACAGCGAGCGUGCGAAUAUCUGACCAUAGCGACGAUGCCCGACGAUGCCCUCCUGAGGACGAUAUGCGACGAAAUGCCCCCUUUCCCUGAACGGGCUUCGGCGCUGCUAUCAAAGUUGGACAAGAAACAAGGCGCUGUCGGUGACAAGCGAACUUGGGCGAUCACUGCAAAAGACGGUCUGCCCACCUUGGACAGGAGCGGGACUCUCAAGAGGAACUUCUCUGCUGGUGCAACCGCGACUCUCCAGUCGAACGGUGCCACAAACGGCGUCAACGGCUCUCAUACCAACGGCGCGGUCAAGACUCCCAUCGACGAGCUAGCUGGGCUCGACCUCACAAGCGGUGGUGCUCCAAACCUUGCCAGUGCCUCACAUUUGUCACCAGACUGGGAGCCUGGAUAUAACAGACUGUUGCUCAGACCUGAAGGCAUUCUCUACGAAGAUGUGCAGAUACAAGUCGGUCUGCGGUCAGAGUACCGCGCGGAAGUCGGGUGUAUCAUCUUGUACUUCACUAACAAGUCCUCUGCACCUAUUCAGUCCUUCACCACUACGCUUGACAACCGCUCGACCGAACAUCUCAAGCCAGACGUCAAGAGUCUCCCAGAAACGACAGUCAGACCAGGCGAACAAACUCAGCAAAUGAUUAUGUUUGAAGCCAGAGGCGUUUUCACUGAUCCCCCAACAAUCCGCAUAUCAUACAUGGCUGGUGCACUACAAGCGUUGACAUUACAACUACCUGUGACGCUGCACAAGUACAUGGAUGGCGCGGUGCUCAGCUCAGACGAUUUCUUCAAACGCUGGAAGCAGAUCGGAGGUGCACCACGCGAGUCACAGAAGAUCUUCCAGGGCUACGACGUGUCGUCCGAAAAUACUCGAAGGCUUCUGCAAGGCUUUAAAUGGGGCGUCCUGGACGGCGUGGACCCGAACGCGAGAAAUUUCGUAGGUGCCACGGUAGUGCACACAACUGCUGGAAAGUUCGGAUGCUUGCUAAGGUUGGAGCCCAAUCACGAGAAUAAAUUCUAUCGCUUGACCGUACGAGCGACAGACGAGGCGGUUCCGCCGGUGCUUGCAAAAGCCAUGGAGGAGAGAUUGAGCCAGCCUUUUCCCAACUAG